AUGGAGGACGGCUCGCCGCUGCUGGCCUCGUAUUCGUAUCCCCGCACUCUCCAGUGGAAGCCCUCGGCCAUCCAUGCACUCCCCACCCUGGCCCGUGGCCUGUUUACCUACGAGCCCAGCGACCACGACUUGUCUCGCAUCGUCGUGCGUGGCUAUGACAAGUUUUUCAACAUCGACGAACUGCCCGAAACGUCGUGGUCCUGGCUGUCGCUGAACACCUCGGGUCCCUACGAAGUCACCGUCAAGGAGAACGGCUGCAUUAUCUUCAUUGCUGCCUUUGACGGCCGGUUAGUGGUAACGUCCAAGCACUCGAUCGGCAACGCCUACUCCAACUGCGGCCACCAGUGGCUCCGAAAGCAUCUCGACUCGGUCGGCAAGUCCGAGUCCGACCUGGCAGCAGUCCUGGAGCAGCACAAUGUCACAGCCGUCUUUGAGCUUGCCGACGAUGAGUUUGAGGAGCACGUACUCGAGUAUCCGCCCGAUCGGGCCGGCCUAUACCUGCAUGGCGUCAACCACAACUCUGCAGAGUUCCGGACCUGGAGUAGCUCGCGACUCAAGCCGCUGGCAGACGAGUUUGGCUUCAAGGUGGUCGACUAUCUGGAGUAUGACACCAUCCAAGACGUAAAGGCCUUUACCGACAGCUGCCAGCCCACGGGAUCGUACCAGGGCAGGGCCAUUGAGGGCUUUGUCGUCCGGUGCAAGACAACCAAGGGAAACAAGACACACUUCUUCAAGGUCAAGUUUGAAGAGCCCUAUCUCACUUACCGCGACUGGCGUGAAUUCACCAAGCGCAUGCUCGCAUCCAAAGAGGGUCCCGAUGCAAUCCUCAAGCACUACAAGCCCAAGCGCAACCGCGAGUGGACCCUGCGAUACUGCCACUGGGCUGUCCUCAAGUACAAGGAGGAUCCGGCGUACUUUGCCGAGUUUACUCAGGGCAAGGGCAUCAUUCGAGCCCGCCGCGACUUUUUGGAGAUUGACAAGCCUCAGCAGCAGGUCGAGCCCAUCACAGCUCAGCUCCAGAGCCUCGACCUCGCCGACAGUAAGGCUGCUGACGGCAAUGUCGGCAGCAACAGCGACGACGACGACGGCUCUGCCAACGCCGACGCCGAGCAACGCCCGACCCUGCUGGUGCCCAUUGCCGUCGUCGGCGCCGGAAAGACUACCUUGGCCCGCCUGUUGACACGCCUGCACGGCGUCGGCCACAUCCAGAGCGACAACAUCCUGUCCAAGAACCCCACCACGUUCGUUAAUGCCGUCAUGGAGUGUGCCACCAAUCACUCUGUUGUGUACGCCGACAAGAACAACCAUCUGCUGCAGCACCGCGAGGCCCUCGCCGCUGCCUUCCUCGACCGGUUCCCCAACGGACGGCUCGUGGCCCUGAACUGGGGCGUAUACGCACAAGAUAUCGACCGCAUCUUGGAUCUCUGCGCGGGCCGCGUGAUCAAUCGCGGUGAAAACCAUCAGUCGUUCACUCCCGAGCGCACGCCCAAGUGGAAGUCGAUCCUCGGUUCCUUCAUCCGGUCGAGCCAGCCUUUCGAUCGCAACGAGAACAUCAUGGGCGACGGUCAGUUCGACGACGAAAUCGCGCUCGAAAUCGACGCCGAUAUCCGCACCAACUACGAAAGGGUGGUCAAGCGGCUCGGAUGGGAGCCCGUCGUGGGCGAGCUGUUUGACCAGGCCAUGGAGGAGGCCCUGAGCGAGGUUGAGACCGUCCGAAAGACCGUCUCAAGCAAGUCCAAGAACAAGCGCGACAGCUCCAAGGACGACCAGGCACCGCUCUACUUUGCCAUCCAGAUUGUCGACUUUGAUCUCGAGGAGUAUCUGCGCCAGGUCUUUGAGCGGACUGGCGGCGCUGCGCUCGACAUCUGGAAUACAUUUGUCGAUGGUCAGCGCCUGGCGAGCUCCCAAGGCAAGGGCUACCAUGUCACCCUGGCCUUCCGCGACGAGACCCGCCACCACCACGAGCGACUGUACGACCCGUCAGCAGGUGCAGCUACCUCCACCACCACCGCCACCACCACCACCACCACUACUACUACUACUACUACUGCUGCUGCUGCUGCUGCUGCUGCUUCCAAGCUGCCGGGCUAUCGAACCAUCCCAGUCGAGCUUACUAUCGACCGGGUCUGCUUCAACCGAGAUGUGGUCGGUAUCUAUGUCCAGUCUAUUCAUCCCGAGGGUUACGAGUGCGGUAACCCUGUGCCGCACAUCACCAUUGCCACAAGAAGCCGGUCGAUCCGGCCAGUCAUCUGCAACGAUCUGAUGGCGUCGCUGGCGGCGCAAGGCUGGCCCGAGAGCCUGCCGGCCAACGACCACAACCACGACGACGACGACGACGAUGCCUCUGAAGACAGCGACAGCCAGAGCCAUGUUAUCAUGUUUGAUGAAGCCGUCGUCAUCAAUGGCCUGAUCCGGGCGUUCUGA